UCGGUGUGUCCCACCAGGAGCAGCUCUGUGAGGAGUGUCGUUUGUUUUCCCGUGCAGCUGAGCGCCAGCACAUGCAUGCCACACUGCAGCUCACAGGCGUUUGUUCCAGGCUUUAUUUUCCUCGACGGACCAAUCGCAACGCCCGGUGAGGCCGCGUCACGGAGGCUGCAUCCAAUCGGCGCAUGCGUCUCACGAACGAGCGUAGCUGGGCAAAGAUGGCGGCGGGCUCCGAUUUGCUGGAUGAUGUUUUCUUCAACACAGAGGUGGACGAAAAAGUAGUUAGUGAUCUGGUCGGGUCUCUGGAGUCUGAGCUAACAGGAGCAGGUCACGUCAACACAACAGCCAAGGUCCAGUCUGCAGCAAAUCACGCUGGCAAGUCAGCUGUAGGUAGUAAAUCCAAUGUUCAGGGCAGCAAAAUGGGACUUUCACAACAAGAGCUUGCUAAAGCAGGGACAGGAGGUGUCAUUAACAGCACAGGGUCCCACGGCUCAAGCAUGGAUGGAGCAGUCGGGACCACAUCGGCGGCGGGACCGAGCGUGACAGUCGCUCAGAGUCAGUCCAAGUCGGGGACAGCUAGCGGAGUCGUUAUGGUAGUAACGGACGCGACAUCUUGUGUCGGGAAGCCUGGAACGACCGGUGCUCAAACUUUGAAUGGAAGUGCUGCGGUGACGAACUGUCAUAUCCCCGGAGGCGCAUCUGCUGACAGCAGCGGCAACAGCUCGCAGCCCGCUGUCACGCUUGUAAACAACGGACCUCUUUCUGUGAGCAAAGGAAGCGCAGCGGUUUUAUCUGCAACACCAAGUACUAUUAUUCGGACUUCUUCGACGAGUGCGCAGAAUGCCGUGCCCUCGCCUGUGAUUGCGUCGCAGCCCUCUGUGAAAAGUGUGCCCACGGUCACGCUUGUGAGGCCACCUAUGCAAACUCCCACGAACACCUCACAAAGCGGAGGCAACCCUACCACGGUUUUAUCAGCACCGGCCGUCAGUGUUACCAGCACGGCCGGUCCUCUCGUCGCCAAGUUCGACUCCACAAAGACCAUAAUGCACGCCGGCGCACACGUCGUGGCUUCCACUGUUGCGACAGGGACGACGGCGACCGUGAGGAGCCCGACGGUUUUACAGAGCUUGAGGACCUCAGUGACGCCGGCAAUCGCUGCCACUCCUCCUGGCGGGAUACGAGCUAUUGCUCAACAGGUGUUGGCCCCUCGACUCACUCAGCCUCAACAAAACGCCCCGAAUAUCCAAAACAUUCAGCUCCCUCCAGGCAUGGUCUUGGUUCGCAGUGAGAGUGGGCAGCUGCUGAUGAUUCACCAGCAGACUUUGGCUCAGAUGCAGGCUCAAUCACAGUCCCAAAGUGCCAUGACACCGCGACCUGCAGCUCCCACAAGCACUCCACCUGUCCAGAUCACCUCUUUACAGGCUCCGGGCGCAUCACUGCUGGCUCGCUCGGUUACCCCCACCACUAUUAUUAAACAAGGUUCCACAGUCCAGACCACUGUGACGGCCACCACCAAACUGCAGAGGCCUCCUGUACUGCAGAACACCAUUAUGCUGGGAGGAACUGCCACCACCCCGGGUCAGCCGCUAGGAACGGCCACCACAGUACAGCCUGGAUCUGCAGCCACAGCAGUAACACAGAGGGCAGGGCCCCUUGGGGCCACUGGGACCCCUGUCACUCCGACAGCUAUCACAGCUGACACACUGGAGAAUGUGAAAAAGUGUAGAAACUUUCUGUCCACGCUGAUCAAGCUAGCAUCCAGUGGAAAGCAGUCCUCUGAGACUACAGCCAGUGUUAAGGAGCUGGUCAAGAACUUGCUGGAAGCGAAGAUAGAGCCUGAAGAUUUCACCAGUAGGUUAUACCGGGAGCUCAACCCCUCACCACAGCCGUACCUUGUGCCUUUCUUGAAGAGAAGUCUCCCAGCACUGCGUCAGAUGACCCCAGACUCAGAGGCCUUCAUUCAGCAGAGCCUGCUGGCCCAGCCCAGCACUAAGCCUGCUGCGGCAGCCUCCACAGCCCUCACGGCUGUGGUGCUGCGACCUCCCCUCUCCACCGCUGCCACUACAGCCACCAGCACUGCUGCAACCAAAACCACAGUUAUCAGCCUCACUCAGACACCUCACAGUAAACCAGGACUGAUUGUGCCACAGCAACAGGGGGCGAUGGUGAGGCCACAGGUGACACUGUCUCAGGCUCCCAUGGUAACACUCAGAGGACAACCUCAUAGCCGCAUCAUUGUGGGCCAGCCGCAGGUGGUCAGACAGCUCCAGACAGUUCCAGCAGUGAAACAGACGUUGACUCCAGGGGCCAAAGGAGUACAAGUCGUCAGUCAGGCCCCUCUCACUGCUGCUCAGAAGAACAAGCUGAAGGAAGCAGGAGGGGAAACCUUCAGGGAUGAUGAUGAUAUCAAUGAUGUGGCCUCCAUGGCAGGAGUCAACUUGUCGGAGGAGAGCGCCCGUAUUUUAGCAACCAACUCUGAGCUAGUUGGCGCGGUGACUCGUUCCUGUAAGGAUGAGGCCUUCCUCGCGACUUCUUCGCUCACCCGGCGAGCUCUUGAGAUUGGUAAGAAGUUUGGUGUCAGCGAGUUGGGCACAGAUGUGAUCAACUACAUUUCCCAUGCUACACAGCAGCGAUUACAAAACCUGCUGGAAAAGGUGUCACAAGUGGCACAGCAGAAGAACGUGACCUUCAAGGAGGACGAGCGGUAUGAGCAGGUCAGCGAUGCGCGAGCCCAGCUAAAAUUCUUCGAGCAGCUGGAUCAGAUGGAGAAGCAAAGGAAGGAAGAGCAGGAGAGAGAGAUCCUGUUGAAGGCUGCCAAGUCUCGGUCACGGCAAGAGGACCCCGAGCAGCUCCGACUUAAACAGAAGGCCAAAGAGAUGCAGCAGCAGGAGCUGGCUCAGAUCAGGCAGAGAGAAGCCAACCUAACGGCACUUGCAGCAAUUGGCCCGAGGAAAAAACGAAAAAUGUACUCUCCCGUUAGAGGUGCCGUUGCAGAGGGAUCAGGCCCAGGGCCCUCCCAGCCUGGAGGGUCCAGUGGAGCAGGCUCCAGACAGUUUAUGCGACAGCGCAUCACGAGAGUCAACCUCAGGGACUUGCUCUUCUGCCUGGAGAACGAAAAAGAGACCACUCACUCACACCUGCUCUACAAAGGCUUCCUCAAAUAGCACCCACAUUAAAAUGAUUAGGCCCAUUGGGUGGCAUUAAGGAAGCAGAGUUGACCGUCAGCUCAAACCCUCUCUGCUGGUACAGUCUAUGAUCACCCGCUGCUGAACGACGAGACGUCUGUCUGUGGGAAGAGAAUUAUCUGGAGCACUGAGGAGACGUCAGCUUUUAAAAGCCUUUUCAGGCACAUGCCUGUUGUAUUUUCAGCACAGAGAUGGAGCAAAUAUUGGAACUGGGCCCUGAUUUCAGUGCGCCUCUCGGCUCCGUUUGCUCCUCAGAGACUAGUUGCACUCAACCACACUUCCCUCAUGCACUGCCUCAUGCUGCACAUAAGAACAUUGUCUUAAACUGAACUGAGCACUUCAGAUUUGAAAACCUUGCCAGUGUCUUCGCACUGGCAUCUGGGAUGUAGCAGCAAAUCUCUGUCAAGCGGUUCCAUUUUACAUUAAUGUGCAGCAUCCAGGUGCUGCCCGAUUUUACAAAAAUGCAGUAAUGCUAAUUUUCUUCACCAUGUUGACAUAAACACUCUGUUUAUUUAAGUUUUGAACAGAGAUUUUAAUUUAUCACACAUUUAUACUAUAUUUCAGCACAGUUUUAAUGCCUGUGGAUUGUUUUACAGAGACUAAUCUUGACUAGUCUUGUCUUCUGCUGAGUUGCCUUCUUCAGAUUAAGCCAUAUGGAUUAGAAUGUCUUGUUCAUCUUAAGUAACUUCAUCUAUCCAACAGUUCUCUCUAGAUUUGUAGGAUGCCUGCUUUGUUGUUUUGUUUGAUUUUUUGUUUGUCUUUGCUUGAUUGGAAACCAACAUGAUUAUUUAUACGUCAUGUGUUGUGCAUGGUGUAAUCACAGGUGCUGGCAUUUGAAGUCUCACCACUAUGGUGGUGGUUUUCACUGUGAGAGUUCCUGCCACAGUGGUUUUUAUUCAGAUUCUAGCGCAUUUACUACACAGACCGCAUAUGCUUUACAUUCCUAUCCAUCAUUUCUGAAGCAUACCAUACUGGGUUUUUUUCCCCCAUCUCCCCAGCAGCCUGUUUCCAUUAAUUUCUUCAGUGAUGGUACAAAUUUCAAAUGGCCUUCUGUCAAUAUUCCUGUUGGCAAGCUAACUGACUAGUUAUUUAGAAGAUCCAUGAAUAAUGAACCAUUGACAUUAUGAAAAUAAUAAUGUGGAUUUGGCUCUGUGUUUCUUGAAUAAUUUAAUUUUCCUGCCUUUUAUUAAUGUCACCCAAAGAUCUACAGUCUUUUUUUUCAAAUAAGAAUGUGCAAUAUUUAAGUAACGCAUGGCUAAAAUGUAUUGGGGCAGGAUGUUUACUGCGAUGGAUUGUUCAUCUCAAGCACUUUUUUUCUUAUCUUUUUCUACCAUUUAAAAAGAAAAUAGAAUGGACGUGGUUGGCUGCCUAAUGUUACUUCAGAAAAUCGAAACUAGUAUGGUAUGAUUUCGAAAGGAAGUGGCUGUUAGUAACGUAAAGUAUCCACGCUGUGUACCUCAUGUGCUAUAAUAUGAAUUUUAAGAAAUGCAGUAUGGAGAAAUGAAUCCCAAAUAGUUUUUGAUUGCAGUCCUUUAAGUGAAUCGCACAUUUUCCAGUUACAUUCUUCAUCCACAUUUUUAUAUUUGAAUGAAUGAGGGAGGUCAUGUUUGAUAAACAUGGGCAGGAAAUGCACUUUGACAGAUCGGUUUUCUAAAAGUAGUCGAUCAUAUGAACGUACCCACUUUAUAACUUUUUAUAUUUUUAGUGCACAUACUAAUUUUGGUCUUUAUACCUUUUGUCAUUUUACGAAAGAAUGUUUGUGGGCAUAUUUUAUUACUGUAUAUACUUAAGUUUGGUAUUUGUAGAUUUAUCAUUUGACAACUUCAAAUUGAGAACGUUUGUCUUAUUUUUCAUGCAUAUAAAUAUGACAAAUAAGACGAAUAUAUGAUGCUUUCUUGCCACUAUCUUGUAAAUUUUGCACAGCCACUUGUUUAUAUGUAAAUAUCUGAAUUUUAAAAAAGUUUUUAAUUGCUAUUUUAUAAUGGAUUGAGAGAGAAUGAUCUCUAUUAAAACAAAAAACAAAUAUCUCUAUCUUGAUUGUAUUACUUACUGUGACAGGUCUGGUCUUUCUGGUCUUCCCAGUUCACAAAAGAGCCUAAAAUACUCAGAAAUCAAUAUUUCCCGUGACCUGCCGGCAGCGAUUGUGAACACAAAAUGACUUUCCAAGAAGCAGCGAAUUAAGUUAGAAAGUGG